CUUAAGUUCACGUAGUCCUCUCGCACUGCUGGCAUAUUCUUUCAAAGCUUUAAUCUUCUCUUUAUCUCUCCUUCCAUUCUCUCUUCAUCCCCUCACUCUACUCCUCCUCCUCUUCCUAUUCAUCUAUAUACCCCAUUUCUCCCCUGGGUUCCACAUACAAGUUUCUAUCAUUCUGGCAUCGUAACAUUCUUUCUCAUCAUGGCGCCUCCCACAUAUGCCGGCUUUACGGGCCGGCGACUCGGCCUCGCGAUAUCAACAAUUGCGACUAUGGGCUUCUUGCUCUUUGGUUAUGACCAGGGUGUCAUGUCAGGUAUUAUCUCUGAUCCUGCUUUCAACGACAUGUUCACUGCCACCAAGGGUGAUUCGGUCAUGCAAGCAACGGUUACCGCAGUCUAUGAAGUCGGCUGUCUCUUUGGUGCCAUCUUCGCCUUGAUUUGCGGUGAAAAGUUGGGGCGGCGUCUUAUGGUCAUCUGGGGUGCAACCGUGAUGAUCAUCGGUGUGAUCAUCCAAGUCACUGCCAUGCCCAAUUCGAUCCCACUGCUGCAGUUCAUCUUCGGCCGUGUGAUCACUGGUAUCGGCAAUGGUAUGAACACGUCGACUAUUCCAACGUAUCAAGCCGAGUGCUCCAAGACUAGCAACCGUGGUCUUCUUAUCUGUAUUGAGGGAGGCAUUAUCGCCAUUGGAACCAUGAUCGCUUACUGGAUUGACUAUGGAGCCCACUAUGGUCCCCAAGACCUGGUCUGGCGCUUUCCCAUUGCCUUCCAAAUCUUCUUUGGGCUCAUCAUCAUUUUCGGCAUGUGGAAACUUCCCGAGUCCCCUCGUUACUUGAUCGCCCACGGCAAGGUCGAGGAAGGUACUCGGGUCCUUGCUGCCCUCGCAGGCGAGGAAAUCGACCACCCCCACGUCCAGCUGGAGAAGAAUCUCACCCUGGACUCUGUCCGAGCGUCCGGAAACUCCCAUGCUAAGUUCAGCGACUUGCUUACCGGUGGUCCCUCUCAGCACUUCCGCCGCAUGCUGGUCGGUUCGUCAUCUCAGUUCUUUCAGCAGAUUUCUGGCUGCAACGCGGUCAUCUACUACUUGCCCGUGUUAUUGGAGGAUUCUAUCCACCAGUCCCACAACUUCGCGCUUCUGAUUGGCGGUAUCAACAUGAUCUGUUACGCAAUCUUCGCCACAUUCUCGUGGUUCUUUAUCGAAAAGAUCGGUCGUCGCAAGCUGUUCCUCGCCGGCAGCUACGGUCAGUGCGCUGCGAUGAUCAUCGUCUUUGCCUGUUUGAUUCCGGGCGAUGCGGAGAGUGCUAAGGGAGCUAUCUUUGGAUUCUUCCUUUACAUGUGCUUCUUCGGUGCUACAUGGUUGCCUCUCCCAUGGCUCUACCCUGCCGAAAUCUCUCCUCUUAAGACCCGGUCCAAAGCCAAUGCGGUGUCGACCUGCAGCAACUGGCUUUUCAACUUCACCGUGGUUAUGAUUACGCCCGUGAUGGUCAGCAGUAUCGGUUGGGGAACUUAUCUUUUCUUCGCCGCCUGGAACGCCCUCUUCAUCCCUGUCAUUUGGUUCUUCUACCCCGAAACCGCCAACCGCAGUCUGGAAGAGAUCGAUUUGAUUUUCGCCAAGGGCUAUGUCGAGAAGAUGAGCUACGUCCGUGCGGCCAAGGAGCUGCCCAAGCUCACUGAUGAUGAGAUCGAAGCCAAGGCGGCCGAAUAUGGCAUCCUCGGUGACGAGGAGAAGGCUGAGGAGCGGAUUGCCGAGAAGAACCCUCCCCAGUCUGAAGAGUUUUCCCAGUUCCAGCCAACUCAGCUGUAAGGGGGAUUGCAGCAGCGCAUGAGAGUUUAC